CAGCAUCGCGACAACCACAUAUCUAAAUCACCUCUCAACUCAGAGGGCAGUGUGUACAAAAAGGGAGUCAAGAGACAAGCUAGAAGAAACCAAAAACAGCAAAGAUGGUGGCAACAGAGACAACUCGUCCCCUCAUCGUCGGUCCGGAGUCGGGCCCAGAGGCUCCGUACCCGUACAAGAUGGAAGGCAAGGUCAUCUCUGGCUUCGGCCGGGGGUCCAAGGAGCUCGGCAUCCCAACUGCAAACCUCCCCGUAGACGCCUCCCUCACCCCCUGGAUCGACACCAUAAAAUCAGGCGUCUACUUCGGCUGGGCCUCCCUCUCCCUCCCGCCCUCGCACCCAGACCGCGUCGCCGCCCCAGCCGGCACCGCCUCAGGCCCCGCCCAACCGCACAUUGACUUCCAGCUCUACCCCAUGGUCAUGUCCAUCGGCUACAACCCCUUUUACAAGAACACGGUCCGCUCCGCCGAGGUCCACGUCCUGCACAAGUUCAGCGCCGACUUCUACGACGCACACAUGCGCCUGCUGAUCCUGGGCUUCGUCCGCGACGAGCUCGAUUACAAGAGCCUCGAGGCGCUGAUUGCGGACAUCAACACCGAUUGCGAGGUGGCCAAGAACUCGCUCGCCAGGGACGCGUGGCACCCGCCCAAGGCGCUGCGGCCCAAGGGCACGGUGGACGGGACGCUUGAUGCGAAGUGGUUGGUUGAGGAGCUGCCCAAGGCUUGAUUCUGACAAGGAGAAACUAGUCCCUCUUAUAAUCACUCCGUCCUUAUCUCAUUCAACUCUUACGAUCACGAACGUCACGUUUCAAAAAGUAACACAAACACAAAACAAACGAAGCGUUAGAAAUAUAGAAGAAUGCGUUCAUUCAAAAAAAAAAAAAGGGUUCUGUCUGUCCAAAACAUAUAGGGUCCUUGGGUAUUUCCCCUCUCUCCCCGAGGGGUUAUUGGCUGA